AUGAACCAGACGACCACGAGCCACCACGCGACGGUCGCGACGGCCGAUACGACGUCCGCAACGACCGCAACGACAGUCACAACGACAAUGGAUCCGAUCGAAGCUACUGACGCCGUGGAGAUGCCGACAACAGCCGCCUCUGCCGACGCACUCGACCUCAGCAAGUACACGUUCAUUGUGGAGUUUGGGGGCCAGGGCAUCUCGUACUGGACCGAGCUCCAGCAGCUCUACGCCACGUCCGAGACGGGCAGCGCCACGCGGUCGUUCAUCGACGCCGCGGCACGGGCGCUGCUGGAAGAGUCGAGCACCGUCGAGGCCAAGGCGUCGGUCGCGUUCGAGGCGGUGCUGGACGUCCAGCGCUGGCUGCAGACGCUCGAGGUCGGAGACAGCCCGACGAACCUGGUGCUCGACCGGGUCGUCUUUAGUAUGCCGUUGCUGCUGCUCACGCAGUGCGCCAACUACCUCCGGUUCCUCGAGACGACCGGUGCGACCCACGAGAGUGUGGUCCAGCGCGCGGCCACGGCCGUGGGCCACAGUCAGGGCGUCGUGAGCGCCGUCGUCUUCUCCGCGGCCAAGACCGUCCACGAGUUUGUCGAGCUCGCCGUGUCGGUCCUGCGCUACAUGUUUUGGCAGGGAUUGCGCGCGCAGGAGACGUACGAAGAGCUCCUGACGCAGUACAAACAGGAGAGCAAGAAGCUCGCGAACGCGGGGCCGAUGCUGACUGUGCGGGGGCUCAAAGAAGAGCACGUGCGAGCCGCCAUUGGGGCCGCAAGGCGCCGGGUCAAGACGCCUGAUCUCCAGCUCUCGCUCAUCAAUGCGUCCGACAUGAUGAACGUCACGGGGUUCCCGGCGACGCUGAUGAUGCUCAAGCAGGCGCUCGAGGGUCAGCUCGCUCCGCCCGAUGCAAACCAGACACGCAUCCCACACUCGCAGCGAAAGCCCGCGGGUUCGCUCUCGUUCAUGACCCUCUCGGCGCCCUUCCACACACCACUGCUCACGGAGGCGAAACCGAAGCUUGUGCAGGACGUCCAGCGCGUCAAGUGCGCGAUCGAAGGCUGUCAGCUGCAGGUGCCAGUGUAUGCGACGAACACGGACGCUACCAACUUGCAGACCGUGAGCGACGUGAUCGAUGGACUGAUUAACAUGCAGCUGCUGGAGCUUGUGGACUGGACUGCGACGUGGGCAAAGAUCGCCAAGCACCACGCAAACGCGACGCACAUUCUCGAGUUUGGCCCGGACCUUGGCGCAGCAAAGCUGAGUGACAAGAUGGCCGAGGGCUUGGGUGUCGAAGUUGUGAUCGCGACUAGCAAGUACCCAGUCUUGAGCUCUACGACGAAGAACGCCCCACUUGUUGGUCUUCGGCAGUUUAUUGAUGCUGCACCAACGUUUAGCCCCGCAGAAGCGACGUGGGCAACGAAGUUUGGUCCCCGAGUGACCGAGUCGGGCAAGCUCUGCAAUCGGUUCACGCGCGUGCUGAACAAGCCGCCAGUUAUGGUCGCGGGUAUGACGCCGACCACUAGUCUGAACGGCAUUGAUCUGGUUGCCGCUAUUCUGAACGCCGGCUAUCAUGGCGAGCUCGCCGCUGGCGGUCUUUCGCGUCCGAAUAUCUUUGAAAGCGCGGUGAACGAGCUUGUGUCCAAGAUCAAACCCGGGCUUGGCAUUUCGAUUAACAUGUUGUACCUGAAUGCAAAGCAGUGGGGCUUUCAGUUUCCAAUGGUGUUGCGUAUGCGUCGAAGUGGUGUGCCUAUCGAGAGCAUCACGAUUGGUGCAGGCAUUCCAACGCCGGAGCGAGCGCUUGAGAUAAUGUCACAAUUGCAGGCUGCCGGCGUCAGACUGGUGGGUUUCAAACCAGGUUCAGCAGACGGCAUCCACGCAGUGUUGGAGAUAGCUGCGGCGAUGCCGAGCAUGAACGUGAUGUUGCAGUGGACUGGUGGCCGCGCUGGCGGUCAUCAUAGCUUCGAGGACUUCCACGAGCCGAUGGAGGUGACGUACGCUGCGAUCCGUCGUGUACCGAACGUGCUGCUGGUCGUCGGAUCAGGCUUCGGUAAUUGGGAGGACUCAAAGCAAUACAUCACAGGUGAGUGGAGUCUAGCUCGCGGACACGUGCACAAGAUGCCUGUGGAUGGUAUUUUGGUGGGCUCUCGUGUAAUGGUUGCGAAGGAGGCUGCGACCGCACCGGAAGUAAAGAGGUUGCUUGUGGAAACUCCUGGUAUUGAGUCGGAGUUGCAGUGGGAAGCAAGCUAUACCGGCGUUGUGGGCGGCGUCGUCACGGUUACGUCAGAACUCGGCGAGCCUAUUCACGUGGUGGCGAAUCGCUGUGCUGUGCUGUGGAAAGAGUUUGACGACAAGUACUUUGCGAUCCCGCGUGAUCAACUGGAGCUGACCCUCCGCCUCAAUAAGAAGGAGAUUAUCGCUGGUCUGAACGCAGACUACCAGAAGCCGUACUUUGGCUGCAAACGCAACGUUAGGACCGGCGAGAUCGUUCCGGCUGAUCUGGAGGAGAUGUCGUAUGGCGAUGUGUUGGCGCGUAUGGUCGAGUUGAUGUACGUGGAGAUCGAAAACAAGCCGUCUCGUUGGCUGCACGAUACGUUCUUUUCGCGUGUGAGCAAAUUUCUCACGCGUACAGAGGAGCGUUUUUGCCGCGAAAGCUUUGGCAACCUGUUUGAUCAGUCGGAGUUGAAGAUGAAUCCGCGGGCCGCAGUGAGUGCGUUCAUAUCGAAGUACCCUGAGGUCGUAUCAACGCCACUGUCCGUCCCGGAUUGCGAUUAUUUUCUGGAGCUGUGCCGUACUGGUGGUAAGCCCGUGAAUUUCGUACCUGUGAUCGACAUUGAGUUCAAAGCUUGGUUCAUGAAGGAUUCGCUGUGGUACUCGGAGGACUUGGAUGCAGUUCCAGAACGCGAUGCGCAGCGAGUGUUCGUUCUUCAGGGGCCCGUGGCUGUUCGUUAUAGCAAAGUUGUGGACGAGCCUGUCGCGGACAUCCUAGGCGGUAUAGUAACCGGUUUUACUGAUGUCGUGAAGCAGAGCGGAGCGAUUGCUUCUGUGAAAUCUGUGCUGGCUAGACAGACUGUGGCCAUUGCCGGCGUCGAAGUAACGGAGAGCGACGACCGAGUAGAGAUGUUGGUCGCGACGGAUGAGGGCGCUGUGCCCCCCACUGACAAGUGGCUUGCUGUCCUCGCCUCAUCUGUGAGUGACAAAGAGUGGCUGAACGCGCUCAUUUCGUCGACACAAGUAGUUGAGGAGAAGAAAUGGCUUGCAAACCCUGUGCGGCAGCUGCUUGUUCCCCAAGCAGGCCAGAAGUACGUGGUUGAUGCUGCUGGUAUCCGUGUUUUUGACAGCUCCGUCGAUCUACCUGGUCCCGUGAUCGAGAUUGCAAAGGUAGACGAGGCCAUCGUGGUCGUUUUGAACGAGGUACGCCCGGCGGUCAAUGAACUGAAGGCCAGUGUCGUUGCACUGGAGAUGACAUUCCAGUUUUACCCGGACCUGCCGUGCUCGAUACACGCUGAAGGCAGCGGCUUUGUUGACAAGGUGAAGUCGUUUUACGCCCGUUUCUGGGUGGCAAUCGAGGGCAAGGAAGAGGAGUCGUGCGAAGCCGCGUGUGCAGAGAGUGUGAUGUCUUCUUUCUCGACCGACUUUUCUAUCACUAAGGGCGAUAUUGUUGCAUACCGUGCAGCACUGGGUCUUCGCGACGAUGAGGUCAGUGCUCCGGCAGACUUCUCGACGAUCGUGUCGUGGCGACCGCUGAUUCAGCCGGUGUUCACGAAAGAGGUGAAGGGCAACUUGUUUGACCUGGUGCACUUGAAGCACUCGUACAAGUUGUUGUCUUCGCGCAAGGCUUCUGCGACGUUCUUGCCUGGUGACGACAUCGUAAGCACGUCCAAUGUCGGCAGCUUGCGCAUUAUCGACAGCGGCAAGAUAGUGCAAGGCGUGGUUAUCAUUUCCCGCAAGACGGUGAACAAGGAGAUGGUGGAGGUGCUCGAGCCUCUUGUGGAGCUGCACAGUGAGUUUUUGAUCCGCGGCUCUUUUGACGACUUUGAAUCGACCUUCUCUAUCGACAAGUCGGUGGACGAGUUUGUGCUGAGCCGUCAGGAAACGGUAGAGAUCAUGAAGACGAAAUCGUGGCUGAAGCUUGCUGCUGGGAUCUCAGUAAACAUCGGUGAUCGCUUGAUGUUCCAGCUUACAACAAAAAGACAGUACUCUUCAAUCGGAUCGCUGAGCUCGAUAGAGGUGCUAGGCAAGCUGUUGCGGAAGGAAGCUGGCUCGGAAGAGGAGAUUGGUGAGGUCGAGUUUAAGAGCGACAACGUGAAUGAAAGCCCGGUAGUAGCGCUCCUGCAGCAGGUGCAACUAGGGGCUGCCAAGAGUAGCGGUAUGUUCGCGAACGGUGGCUCCCACGUUUUGGAAAAACCAUUGGAGAUCAAUGUCCCAAUGAACGCUCUGGCGUACGCGGUGGCAUCUCGCGACCUGAACCCGAUCCACCGCUCUCGGUACGCCGCCAUUUUGGGCCGCCUUCCGGAGGGCAAGCCGAUUAUGCACGGUCUGUGGACGGCGACCAAAGUACGCAACCUGGUGAUCCAAAGCUUCGGUCUUGGGUUGGAUAGCAACGUUGUGGACUACGACGUGAGCUUUGACGGUAUGGUGUACCCGGGUGACCAGCUGUUCAUGCAGGCGAAGCACAUUGGUCAGGAAAGCGGCAAGAAGGUGUUGUCGAUUGAGGUUGUGAAUAGCUCCGGCGAACGCGUGAUCAGUGCGCGCGCAGUAGUGAAGCAGGCACCUAUGGCGUUCGUCUUCACGGGCCAGGGUUCUGCCGCCGUCGGCAUGGGUAUGGAUCGCUACCAGGAGUCACCGGUCGCUCGUGAUAUUUGGAACCGUGGUGAUAUCCACCUGCGCAAGACCUUUGGUUUUUCUAUCCUUGAGAUGGUGCGAACAAACCCAAAGUCUAUAACGGUGCACUUUGGCGGCAAGAAGGGCCGUGCUAUUCGCGAGAAGUACAUGAGUUUGACGUGCGAAGACCCGGCAUCAGGUGUCAUUGCACCACUGUUACCGGAGAUCAACGCUCGUACACAGAGCUUCAGCUUUUCUGCUCCAGAGGGAUUGCUGUUUGCGACGCAGUUCAGUCAGCCCGCGUUAGUGUUGCUUGAGAAGGCCAUGUUUUCUGAAAUCGAGGCGGCACAACUGAUUCCAGAUGAUGCUCACUUUGCUGGUCACUCGCUUGGUGAGUACGCCGGUCUCAGCUCAUUCGCAGGAGCUCUGGCUGUCGAGGACGUCGUAGAAGUUGUGUUCUUGCGCGGUUUGAUCAUGCAGAAGGCCGUUAAACGCGAUGCUGAGGGACGUUCUGACUACGGCAUGGUGGCCACGAACCCUACGCGCGUUGGCCCCCACCUCACUGAAGAGGUGAUGUACAAGAUAGUUGACGAAGUCGAAGCUGCUUCCGGCAAGCUAUUACAGGUUGUGAACUUUAACAUUCAGCAGCGUCAGUACGUCGUUGCGGGUGAGAAUGUGAACCUCGAGACGCUGUCGUUGGUGCUGUCUGCUUUUAAGACACUGCAGUCAGCUACGCCUAAAGACGUGGAGAAGGUCAUUACCGAUUCGCUGGCACAAGCUCGUGCUCGUAAGGAGAAGUGCGAGCUAAACGGUCGUCCGUUUACACUGGCAAAAGGCUUGGCCACCAUCCCGCUUGUUGGCAUUGAUGUUCCCUUCCACUCGCGCGAGCUGCUUGGUGGUGUGCCGUCGUUCCGUGCACUUUUGCGAACCAAGUUCGACCCGCAGGUGCUUGAGCGCCAACUACCACUCCUGGUGAACCGGUAUAUCCCAAAUUUGGUGGCCACCCCGUUCUCGCUCGAACGUUCGUACUUUGAGGAGGUUUAUGAGGUGACCAAGAGUCCGUACCUUGCGGAGGUUUUGGAUUCGAUGCAGUGGAAGUUGACGACAAAGGCUCAGCUGGCGCACUUGCUUGUGGUUGAGCUACUGGCUUACCAGUUUGCAUCUCCUGUGCAGUGGAUCAAGACACAGGCGCUUUUGUUCUCUGAGGGUGGUGUCCGCCGGUUCGUGGAGAUCGGUCCUGCUCCGACGUUGACGAACAUGGCGCUUCGCACUCUUCUGAUUGGCGAUUUCCCGGAUGUGCCGCGUGAGAUUUUGUGGUACCAGCGUGACCGCGAGGCCGUGCAUUUUGAAGAAGAGACGUCCAACAUUUCUGCCUCGGAGUACGCUCGUGGUCUGGCUGCGGAGGCUGCGGCUAUGUCUGCUUUGCAAGUCGAAGGCGCCGCGACAUCUGACGCAAAAGUGGAGUCUGCUUCUACCACUUCCUCACCAGUUGCCAGUCCGACAGUGGUUGCGCCUGUCCAGCAGGUGCAGGCCCCGGCUUUCACGCCUAGUACUGCUGCUCCCGCUGUCAGUGACGCUCCAGUUGCUGCCUUGCACAUCCUUCGUGUAAUUCUCGCUAUGCGGUUGAACAAGAAUCUGGCUGAUGUAAAGGAGGAUACAGAUGUGAAGACGCUUUGCGCCGGCAAAUCCGCUGUUCAGAACGAGAUCCUUGGUGACUUCGAGAAGGAGUUUGGUGAUGGGAUUCCUGAUGGUGCUGGGGAAGUCCCGCUGAAGGAGCUGGCUUCGAAGCUCUCUGGCUACAAGACCCUUGGCAAGGUGACAAACGGUCUGAUCAACAAGAUGGUGGCGAGCAAGAUGCCGGGUGGCUUUACCAUGUCGAGUAUCAAGGAGUACCUUGGCGCCGAAAAGGGUCUGGGUGCUGGUCGUAUGGAGAGUGUUCUAGCACACUCGCUGCUGUCCGCCCCACAAACUCGUUUUAAGAGUGACGCGGAUGCGCGCAAGUGGCUGGACGAGAGUGUGAGCGGAUAUGCUUCGUUUGCUGGUGUGUCGCUCGAUCGUCCUGCCAUGACUACUUCGCCGGGUGCGAUGGGUGCGUCCUUUAGCUCUGCACCAAUGACGAUUCCGACGGUGAGUGACAAAGCUGUGGAAGCGAAGCAUGCUCUGCUAGUGAUGCUUGCGGCGAGGUUUGGCAAGGCGUUUAGCGAAGUUCCGGAGACGGUGUCUGUCAAGGAACUGUCUGCUGGCAAGUCGGCUGCACAAAACGAGAUAGUCGGUGAUUUGGAGAAGGAGUUUGGAUCUGGUCCUGAUGAUGCAGCAGAGAUGAAGUUGGUCGAGCUGGCAGGGAAAUUUCCUGACUACGCGUCUCCUGGCAAGGUCACAAGCGCUCUGAUUGCAAAGAUGCUGGCUGGCAAAAUGCCUGGUGGAUUUGGCCUGUCCGCUAUCAAAGAGUAUUUAUCCAGGGAGCGCUGCCUGCCGAGCGGCCGUAUUGAAAGUGUGCUGCUGCAUGGUCUGACGCAUGACCCCAAGCAGCGUCUUACGGAUGAUGGCACGGCAAAGAAGUGGCUGGAUGGCGUCGUGGAUGACUAUGCUAAGUAUGCUGGAAUCGACAUUCCUUACCUGUCGAAGCUUGGAGGCGCCAUGGCUGGUCAAGCGAUGAGCCAGCAGGUGAUGCAUUCGACUUCAUUGCCGAGUGGUUUCGAGAAGCGUCUGAAGACUAUGAUUGCGGACCAGGUCGAUGCGCUGAACUCGUACCUGGGAGAGGAUCAGCUCGAUUGGCAUCACAAGAUCGAAUCGGAGAUGGACAUGCGCGAGGACCUUGAGUCGACAGUGUCGCAGUGGGUAGCCGAGCACGGUGAGUUGUACGGUGCUGGUAUUGUUGGCAAGUUUGACGCCAGGAAGGAGCGCCAGUACGACAGCUACUGGAACUGGGCCGUUCAGGAUGCUAUGGAGCUGUAUUACCGGACCGCCGCUGCGGCCAAGGGCGUGCCUGCCAGUACAAAGCUGGUGGUGAACGAAGGCUUGAGGACCCAUUUCGAGGCCAUGACUCGCUUCAUCAAUAAAAACGUGGAUACGAUUGCGGACGAGUCGGCGCUUCCCCCGCUCGAGUGGUUCAAGCCGUACCUGUGCAACCGUGCCACACCGGAGCUGCUCCGGUGCACACAGUUCUUCGUGUCACGAGCUGAAGAAGAAAGCAGUGUUGAGCUUGCACAGGCAGUCCAGCUGCUCGUGGAGCAAAUGGAAGAAUGGCUGAACACGAAUCCAGUGAACAUGCAAAUUUUCAAGCCGACACAGCCGCAAGUCCAUAUUCUCGAAACCGGUGAGCUCGAAUAUGCGGAAGUGCCCCGUGACGGCGUGGCAGAUUCCAUCAACUACGUUGACGAGGUUGCGCGCGGACUUGAAUACAAUGAUGCGAUAGAGACCGGUAAGGUUGCUGGCUCCGACGUCACGGCGGGUAUGACGAGUGCUGUUGGAUUCGAAUCGACUCUCAACGACGAUGGCAGCGUAAGCAGUGAUGAGCCUGAGAGCGACGAUGAUGGCGGGUUUGAUGGUAGCGACACUGUGGCUGGUACGCAAUCGACUACGACCAAAAAGAUUGCUCCUGCUGAAGGGGCCAAACUCAACGCGCUGCGUGAUUCGCUGCGUAAGCGUGCCAAGCGAGGGUCAGCAAAGUCGUUGGUUGCUCGCUCAUCUUCGCUACGCUGUGGUUUGAACGAAAACCUGAAGAAAAUCGUGUUGCCUCAUGUGCAUAUCCGCAAACCAUCGGACGUGGAUCCGACAAUCCGUCUGUACGAUGUUGAGUCGACUUGUGUGCUGUUGUCGUGCAUGCGCGAGAUGGCAUCGACGGGUAUUUCGUUCGCUGGCAAGGUGGCGCUGUUGACUGGUUGCGGCAAGAACUCCAUUGGUGCCGAAAUUGUAAAGGCGCUAUUAGAAGGUGGUGCUACUGUGUUUGUGACGACGAGCAGUUUCAGUAUGAAGACGACCACGUUGUUCCGUGAGAUUUACGAGCAGCAUGGUAGCCGCGGUAGUCGUCUCAUCGUUCUUCCGUUCAACCAGGCGUCGAAGGUGGACGUGCAGAAUUUGGUGGCACACGUUUACAAUGUGCACAGGCUGGAUCUGGACUUUGUAAUCCCGUUUGCGGCUCUGUCGGAGGUCGGGCGCACGAUUACUGACAUCGACUCGCGCUCGGAGCUCGCACACCGUAUCAUGCUGACAAACACCGUGCGUUUGCUGGGUGAGAUCGUCACGGCAAAGAAGGUUCGCGACAUUACUACUCGCCCUGCACUGGUGAUCCUUCCGAUGUCACCCAACCACGGCAAUUUUGGCGGAGAUGGACUUUACGCUGAGUCGAAGCUGGGCGUGGAAAGUCUGAUGGGCAAAUGGUACUCAGAGGGCUGGGAUGACCAGCUUUCGAUCGUCGGUGCCAUCAUUGGCUGGACACGUGGUACGGGUCUUAUGUCAGGUAACAACGUGGUGGCUGCUGGCGUGGAGAGGAUGGGAAUGCGCACGUUUAGCACGACGGAAAUGGGCUUCAACUUGAGUGCACUGAUGCAUCCUAGUAUUGUUGAUCGCGCGGCUGAGACACCGAUCUUUGCGGACCUCACUGGUGGCAUGGCUCAGGUGAGCGACCUGAAGGAGCAGGUGGACGUUAUCCGGUCCAACAUAAUGAGAGAAGCGAAGCUGCAGGCAUCCAUUCAUGCUGCACAAGAGAAUGACAAGAAGAUGUUGGCUCUGCCCUCGACGAAGCUACCGUCUCCUUCGAGCUCGGUCAAGUUUGCUCCUCGAGCGAACAUGUCGAGCUACUACUGCAGCUCGUUCCCGAAGCUGUCAGGUGUAGCUGAGUUGUCUACAUCAGCUAGACAGAUGAUGUUGCGUGGCAUGCUAGACCUGCGCCAGAUUGUUGUCGUGACGGGUUUUGGUGAGGUGAGUCCGUGGGGCAACUCGCGCACGCGCUGGGAGAUGGAGUCGUACGGGGAGUUCUCGCUGGAAGGCUGCAUCGAGCUUGCGUGGUUGACGGGUCGUAUUCUUUUCCAAAAGGGCAAUUGGGUGGAUGCGGCGACAAAAGAGAUCGUACCGGAUCAUGAGGUGAAGCCUCGCUAUGAGGAAGAUAUUAUGGCUCACUCAGGCAUCCGUAUUGUGGAACCGGAGCUAUUCGGCGGCUACGACCCGAAGAACAAGAUGGUGCUGCACCAGGUAGCCAUCGACAAGAAGAUGUCGCCCAUUGAGGUGGCUGAUCGAGAGGAGGCUCUUCAGUUCCGCAAGGAGCUGGGCAGGGAGAACGUGGACGUGUUCCAGAAUGCGUCUGGUGCCUGGAUGAUCCGUCUGCGCAAGGGCUCGAUUCUCAAUAUACCUCGUGCCCUCGCCUUCGACCGCUUUAUGGCUGGUCAGAUCCCGACAGGCUGGAGUGCUGAGCGCCUUGGCCUGUCGAAGGACCUCGCUGAUGCUGUGGAUCCGGUCACGUUGUAUGUGCUCGCAUCGACAAUGGAUGCAUUCGUCGCGGCCGGUGUGACGGAUCCGUAUGAGUUCUACCAGUAUGUACACGUCUCGGAAGUUGGCAACACGUCCGGUGGUGGUAUGGGUGGCAUGCGUGCGUUUACCCAGAUCUACAAGGAUCGUCUAUUUGGUAAAGCCGCCCCAAGUGACGCGCUGCAGGAAUGCUUCAUCAACACACCUCCUGCUUGGGUCAAUAUGCUGCUACUGAGUUCAUCUGGUCCAAUUAAGACGCCUGUCGGUGCCUGCGCCACGGCUGCUGAAUCUGUGGACAUCGGUGCUGAGACUAUCAAGAGUGGCAAAGCUCGCGUUUGCAUAGUGGGUGGGUACGAUGACUUUGGUGAGGAAGGCGCGUACGAAUUUGCACAAAUGAAGGCGACGAGUGAUUCGAUUAAGGAAAUCGGUAUGGGUCGCGAACCGAAGGAAAUGUGUCGCCCGUGCUCAACGACGCGCGGUGGCUUCAUGGAGAGUCACGGCGCUGGUAUGCAAUUGCUGAUGGAUGCACAGCUUGCGCUGGAAAUGGGUCUACCGAUUUACGGCAUUGUCGCGCUCACGAACACUGCGACAGACAAGAACGGUCGGUCCGUACCGGCCCCUGGUCAGGGUAUUUUGACGACGGCGCGUGAGGCGUUGCCAGACAACGCAAAGCUUUCGCCGCUUCUUGACGUGGAAUAUCGUCGCCGUCAGUUCGAUGACGAGCUGGAAAGUAUUGAGAAGUGGUAUGUGCGCGAGAAGUCGUUGAUUGACGACGAUGAGUCCCGCGUUGCUUUUCUGGACGAGCUGAAGGUGCGUAAGGUGCAGUCCGCACAAUCCAUGUGGGGAGACAGCUUCUAUCGGGGCCGUGCCGACAUCGCCCCUCUCCGUGGUGCACUUGGUGCUUGGAAUCUGGACAUCGACGACAUCGGCGCUGCUAGCUUUCACGGCACGGGUACCACGGCCAAUGACAAGAACGAGAGCGAGGUCACGCACAAGCAAAUGUCUCACCUGGGCCGCUCGCCUGGUAACCCGCUGCCGGUAAUUUGCCAAAAGAAUUUGACGGGUCACCCGAAGGGUGCCGCUGCUGCGUGGAUGCUCAACGGUCUGUUGCAGGUGCUGAACACGGGUUUGAUUCCAGGCAAUCGACAGCUGGAUAACACGUGCCAGACGCUGCGCAAAUACGACCACCUCGUGUACCCGAAUCGCAGUUACCAGACGGUUGGCGUCAAGGCCGUGGUGAUGAAGAGUUUCGGCUUUGGCCAGGCUGGUGGUGAGGUGCUGCUCGUGCACCCGGACUAUCUGUUGUCUACGCUAGCUGCUACUGAUUUCGAGCACUACUCGGCUCUUCGCGAGCGGCGCAUGAUAAAGAUGAACACGUACACGCAGGGCGUGGUCACCAGCAAGCACUUGCACAUCCAAGCUAAGAACGAGGCCCCGUACUCGUCGGCCCAAGAGAGCAACGUGUAUCUGGACCCUACGGCCCGUGCGGAGUACGACGACGUGUCAAAGACAUGGCGAUUUGGUGGUGCGGAUUCACUGACUGCGGAGGAGAACCGCCGUCAGCGUACGGAGAAGCGUGCAAAGAAGGCGAAAGCCGCCGCUGCUGCUGCGGCCGCGUCGUCAACGAAAGCUGUGGAUGCGCGCCGGGCCGAUUCAUCGUCGACGCUGUUGACUGCCAUCAACCGGGCAGCAGCCGACUUGGGUCUCGCUUCGAAGAACAUGGGCAUGGGUGUAGACGUGGAACCUGUGGCUACGUUUGAGAAUCUGAAUGGGCGCGAGGAUUUCAUUCGCCGCAACUUCACGGACCAGGAGCUGGCAUACUGCUAUAGCGCGCCUCACCCCGCCGCGAGCUUCGCAGGUCGGUGGGCUGCCAAGGAGGCAGUGAUCAAAGCCAUCUCGAGCUCCGCUCCCACGGAGCCUAACCUCUGGAAGGGCGCUGGCGCUCCUCUGCGCGAGAUCGAGAUCGUCAUGACAGCCUCUGGUGCGCCUUCCGUGCUGCUGUCGGGCUACCCGCUGCAAGUAUUCAACCGGCUCGGUUUAUCAAAGUUGAGCGUGUCCAUUAGCCACUCCGGUGACUUUGCCGUGUCGCAGGCGGUGGCCAACUUUGAGCAGGAGUAG